AGUGCCAUCAGGAGACAAAAAAUAAAGAAAGAAAGAAGGAAGAUUUCCAUGGAAGAAAAGUCCAUCUCCGAUUCCCAUUUUCCUCCAGGAAUCAGAUUUCAUCCAUCUGAGGAAGAACUGAUUAUUUAUUACUUGCAGAAGAAAGUAAAGUCUCUUCCACUUCCAGCAAACCUGAUGGCUGAUAUAGAGCUUUAUAAGUAUAACCCUUGGGAGCUAACCAGGAAGGCUGUGUUUGGAGAAGAUGAAUGGUACUUUUUCACCCCAAGGGAUAGGAAGUACCCAAAUGAGGGAAGACCCAAUAGAACAGCGGCUUCAGGUUACUGGAAGGCCACUGGCACUGAUAAGUCAAUUGUCGGUUCUUCCGGAUCAGGCAGGAUAGGGGUUAAAAAAGGCAUUGUCUUCUAUAAAGGUAAACCACCAAAAGGGGUCAAGACAGAUUGGAUCAUGACCGAGUACAGACUGCCUGGCACGACAUAUAGACCGUUAAGGUCUAAAGGGUCCAUGAGGCUGGAUGACUGUGUAUUAUGCCGCGUUCGACAGAAAGGCAACAAGUCAAAGAAUGAACAGGAGGUCCAACAGAAUCCUAGUGAACUUCUGGAGUACCUUCCUAGGAUUGAGAAGCUCCCUUCAGUCUAUAUAGAUGAUGGCAGAGACAUGAUUGCAGAUUACUUUUUAUCAAAUGGCUCUCACCUAAUAGCUUCCUUAUUCAACGAACAUGACCCAACAAGUGAAACUAUUCCUACAGCAACCUUUCAAAGCAACGGCAUUGAAACAAUUAACAGUCACAGGAUGGGAACAAUAAAUACUUGGGAAACAAAUUCUUGUUUCAUAGUUUCUUCAAUUCACUAUCAGGCCAACCUAACAUGGAAGAUCGGUGUAUGA